UCCCCGUUCUCCCGGCAGGCGUCCAGCUCCGACUCCGACUCCAGCUCCGACUCUGGCUCCGACUCCGACUCAGCUUCGGCGGCCGACUCAUCACCGAAGAAACAAAAGAAAUCGUCAUCGCCGGCCUCGACGGCAGCGGCGGUGCACGUCCGACGAACCCCGGACCAACGGCCGCCCUCCGCCGCCCCCGCCCCCGCCGCCGUGCCCACGGCCGCCCCAGGCUCCGAGAGAGCCGUUGACACCCAGAAAGCCGCUGACGCUCAGAAGUCUGCACAGAGGCGCGAGCUGGGACCGUCUCUGUCGGAGGAGUCCGAUGAAGGCGAUGGCGCAGCUCAGACCGGCGGGCCGCCAUCCGCUGUUGGAUCUGGUGCAGUUGAGACUGAGGAGGAGCGGCCCCGCGCGGCGCAGGUGGAUGGGUUGGAACGCAGCAGCGGUCUGGGUUCCAAUGUUGACGAUAAGAAGCUUAGGACUGAAGACCGUCCUGUACCAAUGCCAGUACUGCCGCAACCGCAGCAGCAGCAGCAGCAGCAGCAACAUCUACAGCUACAGCAGAAGCAGCAGCAGCAGCAGCAGCAGCAGCAGCAGCAGCGGCAGCGGAAGACCGGAGAACUGGCUCUCUCGGAAGAAUCUGACACAGACACGGAGUCAGAAAGGUCGCCCGUCAAACCCAGACAGUCUCAUGUUGACGCCAAACCGGUGAACCCGGCUUCACUGGCGCAGCAGCACAAACCUGAGCCGAGCUCGGAGCUUCGUUCCGUCGCCAAACCGUCCCUGUUCGGGUCACCGCCACUGUCAAAGCCAGAGACGCCGCGGUCGUCUGCCAGACCUAGGUCGUGGCUGGCGCUGUCUGAGGAGUCGGAUUCCGAGGGUGAGGAAGCGGUAAAGCCGGUUAAAUCGGUAGGUGACUCAAAGCCGGAGUCGUCGGCGGCGGUCGCGGGAUCGGCCGCUGCACCGGUGGACGGUCCGUCGGCGGUAGGUGAGACGGAAAGGGUGGCUGACGAAGGACGAGAGGUCAGAGUGACGUCACCAAAACCCGAAAUGAUUGAGUCGGUGGAGGCCGAAACGGCGUCAAACGAGGCGAAACAGACAGCUGCGGUGGCCGCUACCGAAAAUGAUAUGGCGGUUACUGAUGCAACACUAGUUGAUGAAUCAAAGCAGUACCAGCCGCAGGGUGCUACAGAGAACUUGCUAGAUCUCCCGGAGCGUUCAACAACCCCAAAGCAGAGCACACAACCGACAGAGGCUCUCGCAUUUCCACGAGAGAGACUGGAGAUCCGCCAUCCCAGUGAUGCCUCCGGGGUGCCACCUGAGCUGCCAAAGCCUGACCGGAGCUCUGAGGGUCAGCCGAAGCUCCAGGACAAUGCAGAGCUGCAGGCAGCGGCUUCAGCGACUGAAGAGAAGCCUUUGGUAGAUUUUGGCGUGCAGGAGACAACGCCAACCGGCGCUCCUGUGACUGCAAUGGGGAAUGCCAACGAGUCUUCAGUUUCUGACUCGGGCGCGGCGGAGCCGAAACUGGCGGGCGAUGAAAUGGACAUAUCAACAGGCUUAAAUGAAGAGUCAGCGCGUAUGACGGACGAUAUCAUUUCUCAGGAACAGACCAAAGCUACAGAAGAGGUCGCUCUGUCCCACACGGAACUGAGCUUCUCGGCACCACAGGACGAAGUCACUGACGGUUGCACCAGUGUGCCGUCCGUGCAGGCCGGGUUAGACUCGGACCAAAAGAAUGUGACGACCACUCCGGAGGGAGAAAAUGGAAUGAAAACAGCACGGACUUCCGACGUUCAAAUGCGCGUUACGGAUGAGAUUCAAACGCCGACGGCGCUCACUCCGACGAAGAACAGUGAUAUGCCAGAAUUGGUGGAUGAAACUGAUGUGAAAUGUGUCGCUGAAGAUACAUCUGAGCACACGGAGGCGACUAUAAAGGUACCGGAAGAAGCGGCGACUGUUCAAGAGGAGCUAGCUAGUGAGACGAUAGGCGGGGGAAGUGAUGGAGCGGCGCCGAAGACUGCUGAGUCGGGUGGUACCGAGCAGGCUGCCGCGAGCUUUGAGGGUAGGACGGAAGAGCUGCCGUCAUCAGAGACGAGUACCGAGAUAGAACCAUCGGCGGAGAAGGUCAGUGUCGAGGUGUCCGACAGACCUCGCACUGGUGACACUGCAGUGGAGGGUCCGGAAGACUCUUCGUCACAACGUCUUGACGAUGUCGAGACGAAAACACCAGAGCCCUCUACAACACUCAACUCAACGUCUGAGAAACCACAUGUCGAGUCUCUCACCGCGGAAACAGCACCGCAGGAAGUGCCGUCUUUGGCUGCCGCUGUAGUCCCAGAAACAACUGCAUCAGAAAGCUCUGUCCCCAUCCAGGAUCAAACCACCAGCCUGCCGACCCCCGCGCCGCCUGCUCCGACGCUAGAGACAUCGACGGCGGCGGCGCUGUCUUUCCUCCCGUGCUCUGCCUCCGACGAGCCUCUCAUCUCUCUCCCGGGCGCCAGUGGGCCGCCCAGCUCGUGGCCGCGGCCACCGAGCACGGAACAGGAGCCGGAGCUGCCGCUGCCACAGCUGCCGCAGCUUCCCGAGCCGGAGCACCAGCCCGAAUUCACGCUGCCGCAGCUGGAGCUCGAGCCGCCGCCGCCGCCGCCGUCGGGCCCGGGCGCCGGGGUGGAUCAGCACAUGAUGUUCGGCGAUCAGCCUGUGUUCAUGGACGGAGUGGAGAUCUCGUGGCUGCAGCCGUCCCAGGAGGUAGUGCUCUGUCCCGAUCAGGAUUUGUUGAGUCAGCACCAGCAGGUGCUGCAGGAACAGAGGGAGUCGGAACAGAUGGUCACCGAACAGGUAGUCACCGAACAGAUUGUGACCGAUCAGACACAUCAGCUGCUGACCGAACAGCUGAUCAAUGAACAGGACGUGGUCUCGGAACAGGUGAUAGAAAACUCUGUGAUCAACGAUGAUGUCGACGAAGAACUAGAAGUUGACGAUCCGGUGCCCAUUUACUCCAAGUCAAAGUCCAGAGGCCGUCGUCGGCCACCAAUGGCGCCGAGGCUGUCGGGAGAACCACCCCGACCUCGGUUUGUUAUAGCCGACCAGCGACCGAAGGCACCCUCGGGCUCAGCUGCGGCCUCGCGGCGUCCGAAGGCAGCCACACGGCGUCCGAAGGCAGCCACGCGGCCGCAGUUCGUCAUCUCGUACCCGCAGAUGGAGGGUCAGGGUCCAGCGCCCGGCGGUGAGCAGGUGGUGAUGACCUGCCCUGUACCAGAAGUUCCUCCCGAGAGCGCAGACGGACAGAAACCCAAACGGAAGCUGAAGAUCAUGACGAAGCCCGGUCCGAUCCCGGGCACUGAGCCGACGGCGUCUCCGCUGAGACCGUCGCUCGCACCCAAGCCAGAGCCUCCGACUCGCGCGGCGAAUCAGGUGGUCUACGUGCCCAAGCCGAAGCCGCGUCCGAUGGAGGCAAGCCCUUCCCCGCGGCGCGUAGUGCUCGGAGAAUCGCGCGGGCGGCCGGCGAGCUCCAGCGCUGCUGCGCUGGGAUCCUCGUCCUCCCCGAGGGUGAUCUACAUCAAGCCGACCGGUGAGACGGGGUCGCGCGGGGCGGCUGUCGCCAGCCCGCGGCCCGCCGGCAGACCGAAAAUCAUCGUGGUGCGGCCACAGACUGCGCCGACGAGCUCGGCGGCGGCGCCGGCAGUGAGGGUGGUCCGUCCGCAGUCCACAGCGACGCGCGCCGUCCGAGCAACCUCCACGGUAUCGUCGUCACCGGCGCGCGCGGGCGCAUCCCGGUCUCCGCAGGUGUUUGUGGUGAAGACGCCAGGAGGCACCCGCUCGCCACGGUUCGUCAGCCGGACGGUGCCGGUGUCUACUGCGACUCCAUCGCCGCCGCCACCGCCUCCGCCGCCUCCAGUGACGUCACAGCGGUCCGAUCUGGACCUGCUGGCGCAGAUCUGCGAGAGCGAGAGUCUCAACACGACCAUGGCACGGCAGCUAUCAGGGGAAGUCGCCCUGGACGAUCCGACCACCGCUGCCAACGGCGACCUCCUAGUAACCUCCGAACAGCCACCUCAGGAACAACUUCAACCACCUCAGGAGCAGCAACUGGAGCAGGCUGAGGAUCAGCAACAACUGCAGGCUCAGGAGCAGGAGGUGGUCUCCAAUGACGCAGAAGUGGACGGAGGCAAAAUCCGCAUCCUGUUACCCGACGGAACGGCCGUGUUUGCCGACCUCGGCGACCUGGACGGACUAGACGGGGUCUCUGAGGAGGUGAUAACGGAACAGUAACUACUACCACCCGCUCUGGAGCUGUUUUCACCUUUAUACACUACCGGAGCCUGCUCUCCGCGGCGCAGAGCUAUCCAGCGACAGGACUUUUCCCAUCAGUGGGGAUAUUUUACGAGCGGGACUCACCCCGCGGUGUCAGACUCCCAGUUGCGAUAACCCCAGUCGAUGGGAAUCUGCCGAAAAUAGGUGACUUUUGAGGAGUAACUCUGGUGAUCAACAUUGAAGAGUUGAUGCCUGGAGCUACUUAGAGACCGAAAUAAUGGACUUUUGUACCCCGGGUAUUGGAUACCGCCGUAGAACUGUGAGGCAAACUGUGAGCUCCAAGCGAUGGCGUUAGCGGAGGGUAAAUACUGGCGUGAGCGGAGGUGGGGAUGGGGAUUUGUGAAGGCAGCUGUCGGGUUGAUACCGAUCAGUGUACCCGGUGGUCCAGACCGGCUCAGUAAGCACCCCAGCGGCGGUGAGUGACCGAACGCUGACAUUGCGUCGGUAGGUACUCUGACGCUGAGUGACGCUACUGGCCGGCGCGGGGCUGUUUUACGAGAUCGGACGCCGCACCAGUCUCGAUGAACUGACGCUGGUAUGUGAGCGGUGGUUUGCUCUGGCUGCAGUCCUACCUCGCCCCAUCCAUCGCCCAUUGGACAGACGCGCGCCGCCAUCGCCAGUGUAUCUCCCGCGCCACAUUUGUCUACCCGCUCGCCGCGCCGUGUUCGUCUCGCUGCGCCGUCUACCAUCAGUCCCCUCUGCGGUGGCGAGGCAGGGAGCUGUUUUUACAAAGGCGCCGCGUGCGCCGCUGUUUCUGGUACCGCCACUACCGCGCGGCCCGGCGGGGUUUAUUACCAUGCGUUAUGGACGGUUGUGAGGCACAGUGAGCCUCUAGCUGUGAGAGUGAGUGAGUUGAGUGACAGUGAGUUAGCGAGUGUGAGUUAUAGUGUUACCGAGUUACCGGCUGAGUGUAGAGCGUUGACAAAUAAACACACUGUACUGC